GGGCCCGCCUGCCUGGCACCAGGGCACAGAAAUGACCCUCCCCCACCCCAGGCCCACAGUUGGCAUAGGGCACUGCGAGCAGGGGGUAGGAGGGAGAGGCGGGCAGGACUGCCAGCAUCCUGGUGGGUAGCUGCCAGCCAGGCCGGGAGCCGGUGAGGAGCAGCAGGCCAGCGGCACCAAGCCAGCAGCUGUUGGGGGUAGCAGGGAGGGGGUAUCUUCAGGGACAUUUCUGCCAUUCUCUCUAAGCCCAGCAGGAUGGCCUACUGCUUAGAGGAUAUUGGGGUACCUUUCAUUCCAAGAAUAAGAAAUCCCAGGAGUUUCAUGACAUUUGGUGGCCCACCCAGUUCAUCUCAGAGCUUUCCUGAGUUGCCCCCUGAGGCCCAGGCGGGUCCCACCCAACCAGCCAGGGUAGCAGUAGCUUGCGCAAGGGGUGGGGCGAGGAGCUUCCCAGCAGAUGCCCCCUCCCAGCUCCUUCCUCUUUCGGUGCCUACAGCUCCCCCAAUAUGUCUACCCCUCCUUGGCCAGCUCUGUCCCCCUGGUCACUGGGGUCUGGCAUGAGUGCUGCCCCCUGGCCUGGUUGGCAGGGCUGGCGCCCUGGCGAGGAACUGUGGUAUGUGAGUGGGUUUGGGGUGAGGCUAUGAGGAGGGCGGGUGCCGCCUUGCCCAGCCCCUGAGGGCCCCAGCCUGGUACAAGGUGAAGAGAAUCCGGACAGCUCCCAGAACGGGGCCAGAGCUUACUUGGGUCUGAGGGGGUCUCUUUAUGUUCCCCUAAUCCCACAUACCCUGAGGGGCUGGGACCUAGGCACCUGUCACCCCUGGCACUGACUGUCCAGAGUUCCCCUCCUCCCAAUUUGGCCAAGGCUAUCUUCUGUCCCCUCCCCUCCCUUCUUCCUUCUCCUGGUCCCACCUCCAACAACCUCUCCCAUCGCUCCUCCUCACCUCUGUCCUCCUGGACUGGGCCGCCUACCUUUCCUACCCUCACCUUUUUCCCCUUUUAGGACUGAGUAAGGACAGGCGGGGGUGGGGACAGCUGGGGCUUUGGGCACUGCAGGCAGAGACUCUGGGGCCCUCUCCCACGCUGCCAGUCCUUUUGUAACCCCUCCCUCCAAGCAGGGGGGAGGGGGGCAGCACCAAGAGGGUUAAGGCUGUAGGGGGAGGGGCUGGGCCAGGUCGUGGGCGGCCCCUUUGAAGGAGGGAGCUGGAGUGGGGAACAGUUACCCUACCCCCCCCCCAAGUUAUCCCUCCUCCACCCCUCCCAACGUGCUGCCCCCAGGGGCCAGGAGGAGUUGCCGGCAAGGCCCCUCAGCGUUCAGGAGAAGAUGGGGAGCCCUGAGGAUGACCUGAUUGGAAUUCCAUUCCCAGACCACAGCAGUGAGCUUCUGAGCUGCCUGAAUGAGCAGCGCCAGCUGGGCCAUCUGUGUGACCUCACCAUCAGGACGCAGGGUCUUGAGUACCGAACCCACAGGGCUGUGCUGGCUGCCUGUAGCCACUACUUCAAGAAGCUCUUUACGGAGGGGGGAGGGGGGACUGUUAUGGGAACAGGGGGUGGUGGGACAGCUGCUGGAGGAGCAGGGGCCGGUGUGUGUGAGCUGGACUUUGUAGGGCCAGAGGCCCUUGGUGCCCUGCUCGAGUUUGCCUACACAGCCACACUGACCACCAGCAGCGCCAAUAUGCCGGCUGUACUCCAAGCUGCUCGGCUACUGGAAAUCCCAUGUGUCAUCGCUGCUUGCAUGGAGAUUCUACAAGGCAGUGGGCUAGAAGCCCCCAGCCCAGAUGAGGAUGACUGUGAGCGAGCCCGACAGUACCUGGAGGCUUUUGCCACUGCCACUACCACAGCCUCAACCUCAGGAAUGCCCAAUGGUGAAGACAGCCCUCCACAGGUGCCCCUCCUACCACCGCCACCGCCGCCACCUCGACCUGUUGCCCGCCGCAGCCGCAAACCCCGAAAAGCUUUUCUUCAAACCAAAGGGGCCCGAGCGAACCAUCUGGUCCCCGAGGCCCCCACAGUACUCACCCAUCCCUUGGCCUACGAAGAAGAAGAGAUGGUUGGUAGAGUGGGCAACAGUGGGGGCAGUGGGCUUGGAGACAACUAUAGUCCUCCCGCAGGUGCCGCCUCACCUGCCGAGGGGCCCCUGAACUAUGAAGUCUUUGAAGGUGAGGAAGAGGAGGAGGAGCUGGUAUAUCCCCCAGCCUAUGGGCUAGCACAGAGCAAUGAGCCCUCACUAUCACCAGAGGAGCUGGGCUCAGAUGAGGACCCCAUCGAUCCUGACCUGAUGGCUUACCUAAGUUCGCUGCACCAGGACGCCCUGGCACCGGGCCUGGAUGGCCAAGACAAGCUGGUGCGUAAACGCCGUUCACAGAUGCCCCAAGAGUGCCCGGUCUGUCACAAGAUAAUCCAUGGGGCAGGCAAACUGCCUCGACACAUGAGGACCCAUACUGGUGAGAAGCCCUUUGCCUGUGAGGUCUGCGGCGUCCGCUUUACCAGGAAUGACAAGCUGAAGAUCCACAUGCGGAAGCACACAGGAGAACGUCCUUACUCGUGCCCACACUGCCCAGCCCGCUUCCUGCAUAGCUACGACCUCAAGAACCACAUGCAUCUGCACACUGGGGACCGGCCCUAUGAGUGCCACCUGUGCCACAAGGCUUUCGCCAAGGAGGACCACCUGCAGCGCCAUCUCAAGGGUCAGAACUGCCUGGAGGUGCGUACCCGAAGGCGCCGCAAGGAUGAUGCACCGCCUCACUACCCACCGCCCUCCACCACCACCUCAUCCCCUGCCGGCCUUGACCUCUCCAACGGCCACCUGGACACCUUCCGCCUCUCUUUGGCUCGAUUCUGGGAGCAGUCGGCCACCACGGGACCCCCAGUCACUACACAAGGGCCCCCCGAGGAAGAGGAGGAGGAAGGGACACCUACCACACCACAGGCCGAAAGUGCCAUGGAGUCCUCUUAAAAAGAGAGAUGAAUGGCCAGGCUGGGACAGCACAAGGCCUGGGACACCAUGCCAAGCAGUGGGGAGCACAUAAAACAAGUGGUAUUGGGGUCAGGGAUGCUGAACCUUGUUGGCAUCAAAGUCAAGGCCCUUCCCCCAGAGCUUUCAUUCCAGUUCCAAGCUGAGGUUUUUGGGGCACAAGCUCUCUUGAUUGGGGUAAUCACCCAAGGAGUUAAACAUGAAAUAUAUGUAUGUGUGUGUAUAUAUAUAUAUUAUAUAUAUGUAUGUGUGUGCGUCACACACACAUUCUGCACAUAUAUAUAUAUAUAUACACACACACACACACACACAGUAAAGGUGGAGUCCCUGCCCCCAGCCACUACUGGGGAAUUGAAGCAAUAAUCUAUCUCUGAUUUGUGGGGUCCCACUUCGGCUAUGCGGGUUUCUAGGAGGCUGGGGCUUGGGACCAAAGCCUUGCCCUACUCCCAUGCCCCCUGGGUUUUGGCUGUGUGAGGGGGUGGACUGCCCCUCCCUUCCGAGACCCCUCCUUCCUGGUUUCUGUUCCUUUUUCCUGGCCGUAAAUUAUGCAAAGGGGGGUGGCAAAGGAAGGGUAUGAGGGGGAAACAAGGUGGAGGCUUGAAAGACUAGGGUGGCGGGGGACUGGGCCUGUAAGGACGGAGCCAUCCCAGUCCCCCUCCACCCAGUUCCAACGCUGAGUCAUGGGGUCCUGGAGAAGAGGGCAGGGUGGCCUGAUUGGCUCGCCCGCCCCUGGGGGUAGCAGAAGGGCUCCGCCCAGCUAAGGGAGCUCUCCACCUCUCCCCUCCCGCGUCCUGGGGCAGGGAAUGUCUUGUUCCUGGCGCUCCCUCCCUGGGGCCAGAGGGCAGGGCGGGCCGGGCGUCUUACCCUCUUCUCCUCCCUACCUCCCCGCCCAGGUGCAAGCCGGAGCCGCCUCUGCUGCUUGCUGCCCCUGACUCACGCCGCCCCCGGGCUGGCGGGCGCUGGGUGUGGGAUGGGGUGAGGGGUUGAGGUAGCCUUGUGGGGAGCGGGCACGCUAGCGCCAUCUGGUGGCCAUGCCCUGUAAGGGCGAGCGCCCCCCAGCGAUCACUUUCAGUGAGCUAGCGUCACACUCAGCCAUCCUGGCCUGUGAGCGGGUGCCCCCUUGCCAACACAGUGGCUAGGCAACUCACUUGCCCCUGGGAAAAGUGCGCUGCAGAGCAGACCUAGGGGAAAGGGAACCUUUCCUCAGACCUUGCCUGGCACUCUUAGGACUGAGUCCACCCCCGUUCUGUACAUAGCCUCUUCUGAUGGUCUUAUUGAAAUCCAAUUUCACAUUUUUAACUAUCAAUUUUCCCCGGGGUGGGGAAGAAUCUUCACCUCACCCCUUCCUUGCUGGGUGCUGGACCCCCAUUGCGGCCUGGGCUCUGCCUUGCACUAUUUAACCCUUUGGCCUGGUGGCCCUUCCCCCUCCUGGAAAGGGGCAGGUUCAGGGGCCCGGUGCUCUCCUCUCCCCAUGCACCUCCAUGCCCAUUUGCACAGCUGCCCAGGUACCCCCAACAGUGGGGAGGGGUCACACAGGGAGGGGUGGCGGGACCAGUCCCUGUAUCUAUUUAAAAAGUGAUGUAAUAUAUUAGGAGGGAGGUCAGGUGCCCUGGGCCUCAUCUUAGCAUUUCAGGUGAUAGGGGAGCCCGCGGCUGGAGAAACCUGGGGCUAAGUCCCAGAGAGUGGGGACAGUGGCCUCCACUCUCUCUCCUUGUGGCUUUCCCACUCAGUGCCUUAGUGGGGGAAAGCAUUCCCCCUCCCAUUCCCUUCACCUACCCCUGCCCCCUCCCCCUGCCUCGGGUGUAAGUGACAGGAAGAAAUAAUAAUAAUUUAAGAUUCA